AUGGCCAUAUACCUCAGUUACGUGCAUCACGCUAUUCCACCACAUCAAGAUAAUGAGUACAUAGUGGCUACAGUCACUGACGGCAAGGGCAACUUCACCAUCAUUGCUGGGUACAUCCCACCGAAAGCUAAAUUUGACGAAGGCUACCUCACUGACAUUCUCAGCAAGAAGGAUUCAAGCUAUGCUAAAUUCUUGAUACAGCAGGAGCCAAAUAUACCAAAGCAGUUUGAAACACCAAAGUUGGCGGAUGUUCCACCUUGGACACUAACAUGCCCUACAAUAUCACUCAAUAUAGAUGGCAUACAGAAAAAAGCGUCAACUGCACAAACUGUAUUAAAGCAACUGACCCUCUCAUUAAUCAAUAUCAACCAUCGGUUCAGAACUCACAUUUACACUGACGGGUCAACAACUCAUCAAAGCUCAGCUGCCGGAGUAGUUAUACCCAUGGAACAAGUCGUGCUCAAAUUCAGACUAGGCCACCGCACCUCAUCAACUGUCUCGGAGCUGGUGGCCAUUAGGGAAAGCUUGAAAUAUAUAAUACGCACCGAACCACGAGCAUGGUCCGUUUUCACUGACUCAAAAGCUGCACUCCAGAGCAUGCAGCACUAUCUACGACGUGGAGCAAAUGAACAGCUGACAUUCACCGUAGUCAGCCUCUGCCAACAGGCCCAACAGGCUGGCCACCACAUUCACUUUCAAUGGAUCCCGAGCCAUUGUGGCGUCCCUGGUAAUGAGGCCGCUGACCAAGCAGCAAAGAGCGGUCACGACAACAUAUCUAGCAUUUCUGUUCCAUAUUCAAGAACUGACGCUGGUGCAACGGUUUUCUGGGUCGGAAAAAAGAUAGGUGCGGCCCUCUGGGCAAGCCCUUCUCACCACUAUCCACGACUUUAUAAUAUAGAUCCUGAACUUAAGUUCAGACCGCCCAGAAACCUUACAAGAAAGACUGAAUCAGUACUUCACCGAAUCAGGCUGGGCGUUGCAUUUACAUAUAAAUAUCUCCACUGUAUUGGGAAAAAACCUUCUGCAAACUGCUUGAUAUGUGAAGAAGUGGAGUCACUAGAACACCUGUUAUGCACUUGCACAAUUUAUGACGUGGAAAGGGAGGUGCUUACUGAAGAACUUUCCCAGCUGGACUCCCGACCGUUCUCUCUCCAGAAGAUCUUAGGAGCGUGGGAGAGCCCAGAAAAGCUAGCUGAUGCGACCAAAUACCUACUACGUUUCUUACGUGAUACCCAACUUAUUUGCCGUCUUUAA